AUGACGGACAAGGCACCCGCGCUCACGAGCGACCAGAUCGACGAGCUGCUCCUCUCGGCUCGCUACGGCGAUCUCGAGGACCUCGAAUCCACGCUCGCCCCGCUCCUCUCCUCGGCCUCCUCGGCUUCUUCCGUGCUGGCCAGCAUCAAGAACGAGUCGGCCAACACACUGCUGCACUACGCCUGCGCCAACGGCCACCUCAACGUUGUCACCUACCUGCUGCCCCACUCCGACCUCACGCUGCUGCUCGCCCAGAACGAGUCUGGCAACACGCCGCUUCACUGGGCCGCCCUCAACGGCCACCUCGACACGGUCAAGGCUCUCGUCGCACACAUCGAGAAGCUCGAAGCCUCGCAUCCGCAGGAAGCCAAGAAGCUCAACCUCAUCUUCCACCCAAAGUCGAGCGCGCAGCCAGAGCAGCCCAACGAGGCACACGAGGGCGACGAAAACGACGGAUCCGAGAGGAAGCUCUGGGACGUCCGCAACAGCGCCGGCAGAGGCCCCAUGAGCGAGGCACAGAUGAGGGAGCAGGAGGCCAUCGUCAAGUUCCUUCUUGAGCGAAUGAUCGACGGCCCAGAGGGAUCCAACUUGACACCCGCAGAGCCCCUUCCAUCAUCCAACACCACCGCAACAUCAGAGGUGGAGGACAAGACCCAAAAUCUCUCGCUCAACAACUGA